ACUCGACCGCGUUCUUAUUUCCGUGCGGGCGCUAGCAUGUCUCCCAACGACCUCCCGACGCUGGCGUACGCCAAGAGCACCGACCUCGUCGCCGAGCCGUCCUCGUCAUUUCUCUCGCACCACCACACGUCGUCGGCUGCGUUUGACAAGGUCCUCUCGACGUCCCGGAAGCUGCGCAAGAGCUGCUCACUACCCAACUGCUCCCAGCGACCGGGCGAGUGCAUGCACUGCACGUGCGACGGCCGUUGCGGCCAGCACGAAGGUGGCAAGUGCGGCGUGCGCCGCGAGGGCUCGGGCAAGUCAUGCAAGCGUCUCGGGUGCCCAAAGGACGACACGUGCCUCCACAGCACGCGCGCCACGUGCUGCCAUUGCCGCAACCUUGUCUCGUCGCAGUCCCGGAGUCUGAAGGCCAAGCGCGCGCUCGACGAAACCGACUCGAGUGUUUCGGCGUCCGAACCGGCGCUUUCGCCGAUCGAGCACGCGCCCAAGCCUGCCGUCCUCACGAUUGUCGCGCCCGCCCUCACGCCUGUCCUCGAAGCCAAGGGCACCCCCAAGCCCCUCACGCCCAACAGCGCUGCCGAGGCCAAGCGUCGUAAGCGCCAGGCCAACGUCGAUGUCCAUGGCAAGCCUGUCAUUGACGCGCUCAAGAUGAAGAAGAAGGUGGCCAAGAUGCUCUCCGCCCUGCCGUCGCCCGCCCUCAAGCACACGAAGAAGGCUACAACCGCGCCGGCCCUCGGCACGCCCGCGCUCUGCGAGUACCCCGAGUGGGCGUCGCGCCGGUCGACGUGCAACCUCAUUGUGGUUGUCGAGGGCACGCAAUUCAACUUGCACCGGUUCCCGAUGCUUGUCGCUUGUCCCGAGUUGCGCUCGAAGCUCAAGCAGCAGCCGCAGUCGGACGACGGCAGCAUGGCCGUUCUCAAGUACGCGCAUUUUCCCGGCGGCGCCGCGGCCUUUGAGCUCGCCUGUAUCUACGCGUACACUGGCAACAUGGACAUCAACGCGACCAACGUUGCGCUAUUGUACUGCGCGGCGCGCAUCCUCAAGAUGCACGUGGCGCUCACAUCUCGCUGCGCGACGCUCCUCGAGACGCUGGCGCACGCGGGCUCGGGCAUGGACGUGGUGCAGAUGCUGCUGCAGGUCGUCGAGGUGCGCAAGUGCCUCCGCAACCAGUCGACGGACCGCAUGAUGGCUCUCUGCGUCAACGCGAUCGCGCAGCGCUACCCGUACGAGCACGACACGAUGCACUGGAUCGUCAAGCUGCCCUGCGAUGUCUUCUUGCACAUUACGCAGCUCAUUUUGAACGACCAGCCCAACUCGACGGUCAACAACGUGGUCGCGCGGCUCUGCGCGCAGGCGCACCUCGCCCAGGUCUUCCGGUCGGUUCAGAGCCCGAAGGAGAAGGCGUCGGAGCUCAUUAAGGUUCUCGACAUUCUCAUGACGCUCGACACAUCGGCGGUCGCGACUGGUACGGACGAAGACGUCGACAUGUCGGUCGAAGAAGGCGAGAUCAAGGAAGAGCCGGCAUCCAAGCUCGUCCUGACGCCCGAGAUGCUGGCGCAAGCGAUCGCGAUGAGCCAAGCGUCGCUCGUGGCGGCCUAG